AUGGAGAACCAGAGCGUGUCUGAAUUCAUCUUGCUGGGCUUCUCCAUUGACCGCCACGAAGAGAUCCUUCUCGCCCUCUUCUUUUUGGUGCUCUACGUUGUGACCGUGCUGGGCAACAUGGUCAUCCUCUUUGUGGUGUUGGUGGAUAGCCGGCUCCACACCCCAAUGUACUUCUUCCUUGGCAACUUUGCUGCCCUAGAUAUCUUCUUCACCUCGGCCAUCAGCCCACAGUUGCUGUGGAACCUCUUUUCCAACGACAAAUCCAUUUCUUUUGCUGGCUGCAUGACCCAAUCCUAUUUCUACUUCUUUCUGGGCACGGUGGAGUUCAUCCUCUUGACUUCCAUGUCCUUUGACCGAUAUGCUGCCAUCUGCAAACCCCUGCAGUAUCAUGCCAUUAUGAACAGCCAGGCGUGCAUUCAAAUGCUGGUGGGUUCCUGGCUGGGUGGAUUCCUCUCGGUCCUCUUUCCCACCAUCCUGAUCACCAGAUUGUCAUUCUGUAGGUCCAACGUCAUCAAUCAUUUCUUUUGUGACAGCGGUCCACUGCUGGAACUGUCGUGCAGCGAUACCAGUUUCAUUGAGCUGAUGGACUUUUUUCUGUCUGCUGUUGUCAUCAUAUGCUCAUUAACUGUGACUCUGUUUUCCUACAUGUUCAUCAUCUCAGCGGUAAUGCACAUCUCCAGCACCACUGGCCGGGCCAAGGCUUUCAACACCUGUGCUUCACACCUGACUAUAAUCUCCAUCUCCUGCAGCAUCAGCAUCUUCAUCUAUGUUACACCUUCCCAGAAAGAGACCUUGGAAGUUCACAAAGUGCCUGCCACCAUCGUCUGCCCCUUUCUGAACCCAUUUAUCUUCACAUUGAAAAAUGACACUGUGAAGCAGGCACUGAAAGAUGUGUUGAGACAAUACAAGGUGUUGGUCACUCAAAAAGCUUGGGGCUCCUUGCAAAAGAAAAGGCCCAUUUAA